CUUCACUACUCCCCCUUCUCCUUGGCAUUGACAUCUUGACUCCGCCCUCAUGUCCCGAUUGGCUAUCUCCGUCAGCUUCUCGAUGUGAUUGGUUCUCCGGAUUGCCCCGGAGAAGAUGGCGGCGGUGAGAGCAGUAAGGAGCUGGAACCGGUCAUUAGGCCGUUUGGUGAGCAACCAGAGGGCGUUUCUUCUCAUUUUAUUAAUAGCUCAUGGCCUGAUAACAAUGAUAUAUUAUCGGUGUUAGUGUGUAAAUAUGGCCUGCGGCAGGGGUCCUCAAACUCCGGCCCCCCAGAUGUUGCUGAACUACAACUCCCAUGAUUCUUUGAAUUACAUAGAUAGCCAGAGAAUCAUGGGAGUUGUAGUUCAGCAACAUCUGGGGGGGCGGAGUUUGAGGACCCCUGGCCUGGGGUAAGGGCACAGUCCAUGCCAUGCUGUGCCUGGAUAUAGAGCACACAGCAUGCAAUCUGCUCUGUGAGGACAGGCAGCACAGGAUACAGUGAGAGGACUCCAACUCCCAUCAUGCUAAGGCACCAGGAGCUGUGUGAGCACUCUGGGGUGUGCUGGACUAGCUGUCAGUGUCAUUAUAUAAUGUAAAGGUCAACUCAUCAUCAUUAUCAUCAUCAUUGUUUGUAGUACUGUCUGCCUUAACAAUGUGAAUAAACUCUGAUUAAUUAAAAUAAUAAUCAUUCUGAUUAACUGUGUUUUAUUCUCCUGGGCUGCUUUCUCACACUACAUUGGUUCCUCUUUAAAUAAUCAAAGCUAUUCCCUAAAUGUGAGACAAAACAGCCCAAUUGAAAACAAAAGUGACUUAAUGUCUCCAUACUGGCCGUCCUGGUCCAAAAUGGUAAAUUCAUCGAACUCUGAAGUCCAGGUGGCAAAAUGUAAGCUGAAAUUACCUGGCUGUGACUGUAAUUGAGUUUUAGAGUUUUUCCAGAUAAAGGCAUUGUAUGAUCAAUGUUGCCAUUAAGAUUUCUGCUCGCUUCAAUUCAGAAUUCUUGGGAACAGCCCUGCGUGAAUUCUUUGCAAUUCACACACUCUUGUGAAUUACCUGAGAAUUGUUUUCUUACCUGCAACAUACUGCAGGAUGGCGCUAUGUUGCCUGCCAUGAAUAUCCAGGGAAACGUGUGUUGCAGCAAUGCUGUCACUGAUACGAUAACCUGUUUUGUUUCCUUUAGGUCAAUUUCUGGGACCUGAGUUCAAACAGCAGGAUUCCAUUGGUCAGAUUAUCACACCACCUCCUGUCUCACUCUGGAGUCCUGCGCAGUUCACACUACAGGCUAUUCAGGACUUCAUCUGGUAAAUAAUGUUGCGUGUAUGUUGCCUCUCCGUUCUCCACUUUGAUUGCAUGCAAUCAGUCUUGACAUUCGCUUUAUUUGUGUAGCGAUGGAAUGCUGUAGAUUUGUAUGUUUAUUUACUUUUAAAGUUGUAUGGUAAGAGCUUCAUGGUUUUAUUCACCUCUUACUGCACUUUCAUUUUGCCCUCACACUCCAACUUUAAGCAUUGAGAUUGGCAGUCUACUAUUUUAGAGCAAAACACGUCACCAUACAGAAACAUGUUAAGUAGGUUUUACUGAGUCUUGGUUUCUGGAAGGCUCCCCGUACUAUACAGUCUGUGUUUUUUCAUGUUGCGUGCACACUGUCCGUCUUUUAUUCCUUUGCAUUAAUUCUUCCUCAUUAACUAUCUUUUUGGGUGCAUCCAUUACAUCUCCAUGUUACCUCUCAUGCAUGCAGUUCAUUUUUUUCAAAUUUGUUUUGCAUGUACCCGCUCCAUACUAGUGAUGGUGAUAGCUCUCUGGUGAUGGUCGUUCUGAAGAUUCAGCUAGAGUAUCCCCCCUCAGGAACUGCACCUUUUGAGGGUAAAACAUAAAUGGGGUUUACUGAGGAAACAUAAAGACAUUUAGUGGGUAGGAAGACCAUUUACACUUAAUCAUUUCUAAUAUCAGCAUGUAAUCUACAUCCCUUCACAAUUAGCCAUACAUUCUGUAUUUGAUAGACUGAACGGUGUGUGCAUUCUAAAUUCUGUUCCAUCAACCUGCACCAGCCUCUGUAUAUUCUAGUUCAAGUGCCAGACUACUGAAAUGCAUAAAAAUACAUAAUUUUGUUGAAGCACGCUGUCAAAAAAGAGGGAUUUGUUUCCCAUGCACCUCAUUACCUGAUUUUAAUAUUGUAGUCCAAUAUCCAUAAAAUGCAGGUAACAUUGUUACCUACUCCACGAUUUUCCCACCGGUUUCUGCCCACGUGAAACUCCACAUGGGUGCUUACCCUACAUUGCAUCUUCUACUUGUCUUAUUACAAUAACCAGUGUAUUUCAUAUGUUUACACAGUUGUGAAUGGUAAGAUUUUGCAGUUCAAGCUCUCGGACAUUGGAGAAGGGAUCACAGAAGUUACUGUAAAAGACUGGUAGGUCAAUUUUAUUUUUGUUGCCAACACCAAACAUCAAUGAACCUGUUUAGCUUUUCUCAGUCAGGCUUGUUGAUGGACAUAUCAUAAAAUAACUUGAUGUCUCUUUAAAGAAAUACAAUGAUCUAUUAUUCGGGAUGCAGCAUGUUAUUUGGGGGUAUGGUGGAUGCACACACUACUUACUACCUGUCUUUUAUUUUAUUUUAUUUUUUUGGUAUGUAAUGUGGAGGUGACUAUCCUGGUGCCAGUAGCGUUCAUCAUUUUUCAUAGUUGAACCCAAUUCAAGUGCAGUAAUUUAUCUCAAAUUCGGUUCCUCUUUUGUCUUUGCAGUCAAUGGAAAACUAGUUUUUGAGACACAUCGGUUUGUGCAUAUGUACUUAUUUUUUAUUGAGCUGUCUGAAAUCUUAUUACGUUUGGAGCAUUCUAAAUUCCCAGACAUUUUAAGAAUAUAAAAUGUACUAUUUCUAUUUUUUAACAAAAGCAGUGUAGGUGUGAAUAAAUCUGCCAUGUUUAUAUAAAACCAAUUUGGUUCCAAACCUGCGCGUUUGUAUGUAAAUUGCAUAAAAUCACAUAUCUGCACUCGGUCAUUGGCCUGCCUAGUAAGUUAGCUGGCCUUCGAUGACUGAAACUUCCAUCUGCCUCACUUCCUAACCUUGAUUGUGAUAUAGCCCAGUGUCUCGUACAUAUUGUCUUUAAAUUGUGAAAGAGAGCCAGUGGAUAAAGGAUUGUAUGAUAAUGGAAAAGCUAUGCCUCCAAAUGGAUAUUCCAAGUAUUUACAAGAUUCUGACACACACUUAACACAUUAAGCCACCUGAUAGUUAUUCACUAAAAACCAGGAAGUAAACAGAAAAUACCAAAGUAUAGGCUAAAAUAGCUGAGUUAGAGUAUGCUUCCAAUUCUGCCAUUUUGGUCUAAAAUGUGCAAUAUCUGGUUCAGUGAAUAAUCUUGAGGGUAAGGUAUUGAAAGGUUGUUGUUUUUUUGUAAAUCUUUCUUUUAAUAUGGCAUUUGCGUCACAUUUUACAGAAUAGAAAAAAGGAGUCGUAUCAGAUAAACAUAAAACAGGAGUAUCAACGUAUAACGGAGUAACGAAGGCUGCCACAUUUUUAUAAUAAAAAGACAAGGUACCGUAUAUCAGGCUAGAAAAUUAUUAUAAAAUAUUAAAGGACCACUAUAGUGCCAGGAAAACAUACUCGUUUUUUCUGGCACUAUAGUGCCCUGAGGGUGCCCCUACCCUCAGGGUCCCCCUCCCACCCGGCUCUGGAAGGGGGAAAGGGGUAAUAACUUACCUUUUUCCAGCGCUGGGCGGAGAGCUCUCCUCCUCCGGCCCGACUACCUUCCCUACUGCUGGACGCGACGCUGCCAAGGGUAAAGAGCUGCGCCACAGACUAGUCAGAAACCAUAGGAAAGCAUUUAUAAUGCUUUCCUAUAUGUUGGAGCGCGUGUUUCCUUUACCGUGAUUUUCACAGUGAGAAGUUAUCGCAGCGUUUCCUAGUGGUCAAUGAGACAGCCACUAGAGGAUUAGGGGGAAGGCUUAACCCAUUCAUAAUUAUAGCAGUUUCUCUGAAACUGCUAUAAUUAUGAAAAAAUGGGUUAACCCUAGAAGGACCUGGCACCCAGACCACUUCAUUAAGCUGAAGUGGUCUGGGUGCCUAGAGUGGUCCUUUAAGGUAACUGCGUGCAACAAGAGUAAAACAUUCAUGUCUAAUUGCUACCUGUAAGGUGAUAUGGCUUAAUUGGGAUAUGAGUAGUACAAGCUGCAUAGUUAUGUAACAAACUAGAGCUGAGACAUAUAGCUUAUAGUUUAAAACGAGUAAUGCCUAUAUCUCAGUGAAGAUGAUAAAAGGAAAAUAAAACCACAUGUAGUGCAAGCAGGAUGGUAAUCAUGUCAGUGAUAAAACAAAAAAGGUGGAGAAACAAGGUUAUGAUGUACUAACUGACAAAUAAAUGCCCCCCUUUUUGUUUUUAAGUAUAACGAGUAUAAACAUGCUAGGUAGUUGUGUCAAGACCAAUAACAAAGUUAUAACUCAAACAUCAUAGGAAAAGCUGUCUCUAUUCCAUGGUUUAUAGGUAUUUAGGUAAAAGUUUAUGUGACUUGGUGAAGGCUUUGCAUGUCUGCGGUAUACAUAUGAAGGGUCUAAGUAUAUAAAUUUUUACAGCUGACAUGUUGCUUAGUAAGAAAUACCCCAGGGAAUGUAAACAUGCUUAAAAAAAAGCCUAGGCAUUCCACACUCCAGCUCGUAGCAUAGCACUAAAGGGUAUAAUGAGCCUGUCAGUUAAUGUGAACUGCUUAUAGAUAUCAUCUGUUACUAUCCUUAACCCUCUGUGUCUGUCAUUACGAGUAAAUCAACUAUAUACAUCUAGCAAGGGUAACUGGCCUAGCAGUAUGUCCACCAGUGUACUCAGCCCAUGCCACAGGAUGAGAUGUUAUGGCAUGGGGAAGCCAGUCCAUCGGGCCGUGGGGGGAAACCAGCCUGCCCCCUACUUGGUUUGGCAUCCACUUUGUUCCUCUGGGAUGUCCUCUCUGGCCAUAGGAUCGUUUGACCUUCCAUGUUGCAAUCCGCCGCCAGCAGGUCGUGGACUUGUGUCGCCUGAGUACCACGUGUUUUCGGCCUGAGGCCUUAACGGGAGCUCAUGCCAUUUGACCAUUGAUACCAUCAUCAGGAUUGUGGGCUCAAGGUUCCACCAAGUCCCGGUCGUUCCCCCUGGUGUAUGGUUGGCGAAGGAGAGGUACCUCCAGGUGAGCACCAAGCCCAGAAGAAGGGCGAGCGGCCAAGACAACAGCAUUGUCCACUCGUGUGGCGGCAUGUGCUGGGGCUUUUCCCCAGACAAGUCUCCAGCUCUGACGAGUGCUUUGUUGUAAGGACUGCCGUCUUGAGCUGUGUGGCAGGGGUCGUAGGCGUCUGUUCUGCACGGGAUGCAAUCUGGCACCAGAACGCUGUAUAGAUCCUGUCAAAGUCGGCUUGGAAUUUGGCUUCCCAAUUAGUCACAGGUAGCUUCCCUGCUGUUUCGGCCAUUUUGGUUGUGGCCCGGGAGUGAGAUGUGGCAGCACAGGCUGACAGGAUGUCUGUUGUACAUGAUUGCUUCUUCCCCAGUGGGUCCGGGACCGGGAUUUCCUCCACCAGUCUGGGGGGGGGGUUCAGCUGUUAGCCCAGUGGUCCCAGAUUGGAAGAUCGGUCAUUUCUUCCCUCCGUGGGAUCCGCCAGGUGAGUAGGCCUCAGGAGCUGAUUCUGGCCUUGGGUCGGUGGACGUGACAUCCAAGUUGCCUGAGAGGGCUCCCCGCCAGUAAGUGGUGGUUAAGUGUUCUCGUUGAUAACUGUUUUGGGGGUUGCACUUCAAUCUUGUACUGUGGAUUGCUUGGAUUGUAUGAGGAGCUCGCCACAAACACAUCUGUCGGCCAUGCUGGUUAGGCCCGCCCUCAAGGUAUUGAAAGUUAAUUGGGGACAAGCUCCCUGAAAUCAACCUUUUCAUGACCAAGUAGCAUAUGAGCUAUAUGUCUCUGUAUAGACCUUGUUAUCCCUGUUUGCAUCAUACACCAGUACAGCCACUGAUUAUACAAGCUGUACACUCAUCCUACCUCUCUCUUCCUGAUACUUAACACUAGCAGUGCUCGAGAGAACCAUCAAAUCAGUCAUUCAGUUUAUGCUAAAAUUAUAUUUGUAAUGGGAUCUGUUCACUAGAAAAUCAAUUGCAAUGAAUGGAAAAACUGAAUGAGAACAUCAGGUUAAAAUAGCCAAGCUGUAGAGGUGGUGUGUUUUUUUUUUUUUUGUUUUUUUUUUGUUUUUGUUUUUUAAAUUGCAUAUAUUGAUCACUUUGCAAUUAGUUUUUUUUCUUAAUGCACUACAAAUCUGUUUGGAGCUACACUUUCAAAAAAAAAGUGCCAAUUGUAGUGUAAUGAAAAAUAGUAUGAAACAUUGAAUUUGAUUUCAGAUCAAUACACUAUUUUCCAUUUUUCUGUUUUGGCCUAAAAUUCUGUUCUGUUAUAUUCUCAGGUAUGUGAAGGAAGGUGAUUCUGUGUCCCAGUUUGACAGUAUCUGUGAGGUUCAAAGUGACAAAGCUUCAGUGACCAUCACCAGUCGCUAUGAUGGUGUUAUCAGAAAGCUGCAUUACAAUGUGGAUGACAUUGCGCUGGUGGGAAAGCCUCUUGUAGACAUUGAAACAGACGUUGUGAAAGGUAUGCAAGCUAAUGUGGCAAAUAUCAUUUUAUAUAUAUAUAUAUAUAUAUAUAUAUAUAUAUCUAUCAUAAAAGAAGAAGAUAUGGGCGCUCUAUGGUAAAGCUCUGUAGGCCAGGUGCUUAAUUAUUUUUUUUUUUUUCCUUUCUGGAUCACUGAAAUUCUAGCCUAGUUUAAUUUAAUUUAAUCUAUUACUAUGGUUAUGAAAGGACAAGCUGUAUAUCUGAUUAUUUUCUGUAAAGACACCUUAUUCGUUUGUGUCCAGGUGAAUAUUUGUCCGUUUGGGAAAAUGUAAACUCUACCCUGUACCUACAGUUAUGUUAGGAACAAAAUCCAUGAUGAAUAUAGAAGUGUCAAUCAGUUCUCUCCUUCACAUUUGCUAAAUUAAGCUUGCUACUCCUGUGAUAAGUAUUCAGCAGUUAAUGUGCUUAGUAUGUUUUCUGCACAAUACAUUGUGAUCCCUUUUUCUUAGACCUGUGUUGUUGUUAUUUCCAGAUGUGACACCUGAAGAAGAUGUUGUGGAAACCCCUGCAGUGUCUCAUGAAGAACACACACAUCAAGAAAUAAAGGGACACAAAACUCUGGCCACUCCAGCUGUCCGACGACUAGCAAUGGAAAACAAUGUGAGCUUUGCAGCAGACUAUAUAUUUCCAUAAAAUGGGAAAUAAGGUUAUUGGAGUACCUUAGAAACAAGAAAAAUAUACUUCAUGCUGAGCUGCUGUGUACCUCAAAUCACUGCUGCUCUUACGAUGAAUGCUAUCCGUAGAAACAAAAAAAAAAAAAAGGGAAUAAGCUCUUCAGGCUGCAAUGUGCACACCGGUGUUACAAUACAGUUUUAUCGAGGAACAUACAUAACACAAACGUUUUGAUACCACACAGCCCUUUUCAGUGCAACAUCCAUUGAAAAAGGGUCUGUGGACUAAAAGUUUAGGCACAAUAUGGGAAAUAAGUCAGCGUUAUUCAGAUAACCAUAGAUAACAAGGGAGAAAUAUGGCGCUUACUGGAGUUCCAGCCUGAGAUGAGCACUGUCAGACAACAAUUGGAAAUUGAAAACAACAAAAAUGAACUUGGUUUUACGGUUACAGAGCCCAUAAAAACACAUUUAUUUAUACAAUGAGAGAAACCACAAAAAAAACAAAACAUUUUAGGCGUGAAUAACUUAAUCAUGUAUAUAAUUGAUUGUUUCAAACCAAGAUGUUGUAUUUUGUGGCUACAAGCAUCACAUAAUUACUUUUUAUGGUCACUCUACUAGGUGUAAAGUGAACCAUUUCUCAAUAUUGGCAGAUUUAUUAGUGUAGGUGGGUAAUGCUAGGGCAACCAUAGUUUUCUCUUCUAUGGAGAUGGUUUUAAGAAGAAACCUUGCAAGUCUGCAUUAAAAUAAUUGGUACCCAACAGAACACACUUUUUUAAAAAGAUGCUAACUAAAGAGGCAACCAUAGUGGUUUGCUUGUCAUUACGGCUGGCUUUGAGCUGUGCCAUGCAACCGGUGUAUUUUUUUUUUUUUUAUUCUUAGCCAUUCUACACAAAUAUAUCUUCAAAUUAAUAGGAUAGAGACAAGUGUUUUCAGCAAUCCCAAUUUCAUGUUGGAAGUUGUAAAAACCUACCUGUUAAGUGCUUAUUUUUGUUCCUACCCCCCAGAUAAAACUUAGCGAAAUUGUCGGUACUGGAAGGGAUGGUCGCAUCCUUAAAGAAGACAUUCUUAGCUUUUUAGCCAAGCAGACUGGGGCCAUACUACCUCCCUCUCCCCAACUGGAAAUCAUACCUCCUCCCCCAAAAGCAGAGACUCCCAAGACUGCUGAGCGAGAGAAACUCACCAGAACUCCUGCUGUUCUCACCAAACCUACAGUAUUUACUGGAAAGGAUGUCACCGAACCUUUGAAAGGUAAGCGGGAACCUUGGGAAAAGGUUUUACUCCUAGCAUAAUAAACAGGCUUCCCUCGUGCAGUUAGUUACCUUACUUUUAGAAUAGUUGUUUAGAAAAGUGAAUUUGAAAAUUAAGGCCCAAGUAGUCAAAUUGGAAGCAUAGUCGACUUGGAGAUUUUAUUUCAGUUUGGCUAUUUUGUCCUUGUAUUUUAAUUCUUGACUAUGAUCGCUUGUUAAUAAUCCUGUCAGGGAAUUAAAUGGGAAUUCAAAGUAAAUUUAAAGGAACACUAUAGUGUUAGGAAUACAAAUAUGUAUUAGCUGACUAGGGCCUAUUCCGUUGCGAAUAAAUGGUUAAUUAACCAUUUAUUUGCUUACCUUAAUCUGGCGGCAGGCUCCCUUGACACUGGUGACCUCUCCUCCUCCAUUGUCGUCAACUCCCGAGUGGAGCCAAAUGCGCAUUCGCAGCCAGAGGCGCGUGCGCAUUCAAACCCGCCCAUAAAAAAAGCAUUACUCAAUGCUUUCCUAUGGGGAUCUUUUUUGGCGCUGGACUCCAUGAGGACGUCCAGCGUCAAAUAAGUGCAAUUUACUCUGUGUAAAUCGUGGAGAUUCUGCAUACUUUUAUCUACAGUACAGGGACAUUAUUUGAUUGGACAUUUGAAAUACUAUUGAUUUCGUAAUGUUAAUAAUAAGUUUAUAUUUCACAGUAGCUAGUAAACCGGAUUUUCUCCUGCAUCUGAAUCUAGUACCAUGAACCAUAAUCGGUCUCCUUUGUUUAAAUGAAGGGAGUUUUAAAACCAGACCCAAUGUCCUUUUGCUUCUAGUGACUGAUUUGUUGCUUUUGUCUUAAAAUGUAAACAUAAAUUAUGACUUCUAAAACCAAGCUAUUUCGAGACACCUAGUCCGUGAAAAUCUAAAAUCCAUUUUACAUAAUAUGUUUUCAUGGACGUCCGCAGGAAUUGUAAUGACAUCCAUGCUUGGCCCCUUUUUGACAGUGUCCUGAAGGGAAGGGGCAUAGUCAUUAUCACAUAAAGCCAGGGUGAAUAGCGUAUUCACAACUAUUCUGUCAGGAAUAUAUGUUUGUAUUCCUGACACUACAGUGUUCCUUUAAGCAAAUUAAAGGACCAUUCUGGUCACCAUAACAACUUCACCUAAAUGAAAAUGCUAUGAUGCCAGGAAGCCCCUGGGUGCUCUCUUUCCUUUAAGGGGUUAAACCGUUCUCAAAUGUUUUAACCCCAAAGGCUCUAGCUCCAGGUCGCGCAGUGGUAAUAUUAAUAUAUAUAUAUACACACACAUACAUAUAUACACCAUGUUUGUAUAUAUAGCUUCUUAUGUCUUGCAUGGUUUUUAUAACCAUGCAUACAACUUAUUAACCUACGGUUAAAUUAGCCACUGUGAAAAAUAAAUUACUUCAAUUAGACUUGGUCAUAACAAAAAUACUUGAUGAUAACCUUGCAUAGAGAUUGCACAAGAAGGGAGUCCAGCCUCUUAUACUUUUGGGAUGGUUUUUGUUCCUUUUCUGUGUCCUAUCAGCUGACAGGCAGGUGCUCUUCCAUGGGUGAAACCCAGAGUCUAAACAACAAGCUUCUUGUGACUGGUUACUAGGACCAGAAACAAGAAAACACUGGAAGAUCGAAAAGCAAAUAAGUAAAUAUGACCAAUAAUAAGAUGAAUCAUAAAAAUCUAUAGAGUGUUCAUAUAUGGAACAAAGUGAAUAAACGUAGCCAAAUGGCUAUUUUCCUGUCUAAAAAGGACUCUUAUGCAUUAAUUUUGUUUGAACGCAGGACUUUAAUAUAAUCAACUAGAAUUGUCCAUGUCUAAAACAUAUGCAUAAAAUUCAAAGAGCCUUAUAGUAAACUCCUGUGGUCUAAAGAGAAAAAAAAAUAAUAAUAAUAAAUACAUCAAGUCAACAGAUCAGACUUAAUGGUAGCUGAAAAAGUAUAGUAUAACUACUAAGUAGCAAAGAUAAAGAGGGUCAAAAAGAUCCCUCUAAUAAUAGUAUCCAACUACUGUUGCUACAAAAUAGCCUAUAUAGAGUACAGAUGAAUGAGCAAUAGAAAUAAAACACUUGCCAAUUAGCAAAAAACCGUAACUCUGUGAAUAGGAUAUGUAUCAAAUACCAACUUAUUAACUUGUCAGCUAAGUGCUUGCUGGUAUAUGAACUUCUAUCGCAAAAAUAUUAUAUAAUUACCAUAGUCCGUCUCCAGGCAAAUAGCCAUCAAAUAAAUAUAAUAAUAAUAAUCACAAUAGACCACACAUAUAGGAGUGACAGGAAAAGAAAGAAAAUUAAAGUGUUAGAAUAAAAUCAUGCUAAUGUGCAGAACCAUACUUAGAGCGUUGGUUACCUGCACAUAGUGAUACAGUGCCCUAUAAGUGAGAAAGAGUGAAAAAGUGAAGGAAAAAAUCCUUCAACCCGACGCGCCUUUCGGUGCUAUAGUAGUGCACCUUCGUCAGGGGCUAUAAUGAGUAGAACGCAAUGGUGAGAAGGAAGCCAUUAUCUCUCCUUUGGGAUGUUCUGCAGUUUAAUCACUAGUUAGCAUUUCAGUCAUAUUUAAUAUUUUUUUUCUGACUGUUUUAUUAUUCACUGUUGUAUCUCCUUACCUUCUUCUCACUUUAAAAAAAAAACAAACAAAAAAACACUUUUUUUCUUCUAUUCCUUACUGAAGACUUGGCUGUGCCAUGGCCUGGCAUGAAAAUAAAUCUUGUCUUAACCAGGAUUCCAAACCACUCUCAUAAAAUCAUCUUGUCCUUCAGCAAUACUGUCAUUUUGAGAGCUGUGUGACAUAGACCAGGGUGGUCCCCAAAGACUGCCCCCCUCGUUUGUCAUAUUGAUAAUAUGGCAUUAGCACGUCAUCAUUGUCAGGGUCUGUUUCUUCCAGCUUGGAAGGUUGUGAUUGGCUGAGAGUGUUGGGGUGGCUUAGCACGACACUGUUAGACUAUCAAUGACAUUCAGGUUGGACAAAGUCACCAUUGAUAAUGUGAAAGGUUCAAAGCUAUGUUAUCACUGCCUCUAUGGAGAGGAAAAUCUCUGACAUAAACCAGGGCUUUUCUUGGUGCCCAAAGUUUUCCUAAAUGGUUUGACAUUAAAGUGUAUGACUAAUAUAAAAAUUAAAUCAGUCACCUGGUGCUGCAUGGUCCACAGCAUCAGAUCCAACCCACUGUGCACAGAAUAGUGUAUCCACUCAAUGGGUGUGUUAGGGUAACUUUAUUCUACCCAUUCAGGGCUUUCAGCUCCAACUCAAGCCACACUGGCAAUCUGUAGAGCAUGUGUGGAAUCUAAUGCUUGUGUAAACAGAUAAUUAAAUCUAGCUUGAUAAAUAAAGACUGAGAAUUCUCAUCAUAGAAUAAAACUAAUUUUUUUUAUUUUUGGCAGUUAGGGAGAUUUUUGUAAUCCUAUUUUACUGUAUUGGUCUAAACAAGUGAAAAAGUAACAAACUUAUGAAAGGUCACAAAUGAGAGGUUUGAGAGGUUUACAAAGUGAUUUACACCCUCCUGUUUUAAAGAACAUUGUCAGAUCAUAUUUUUAUUCCAUUUGUUUUCUUAGUUAUGUGUAGUUUCAAGUGUCAUGUCUGAUAUGAUAUCCAUGUAUUUUCUGCAUAUAACACUAUUUUUAAUAAUGGCUCAGUGAGUUUCUUCACAGCUUGUGAUAUCCAUCAUUGAAUGAUGAUGACCUUCAUGUGAUAUGACAUCAUUCAGAACACUUGGAGGGUUAUACAGUGCACUCCCCAAUAAAAGGGGACCUGUUAUCCAGCCCUCAAACCACUCCUGCUCUUUAGAAAGGGCAUGACAUUCCAUCUGUACAUUGUGUUACCGUUUUUUUAUAACAAAUCUAUAGAUUUGGAGAAAAACCUAUUAUUUAAAAUGGGAUUUUCUCCCACAUGCCGAUCAAUUAUUUGGCAUAGACUCUCACAGGUGGUCCUUCUGCUCUCUACUCAUAGCAACCACAGCACAUUCUCUGUGUGCUGGCUAGGGACUAUAGUGGUGUCACUCUGUUCAGACACCGGCAUGCUGGUCACAAAGCUAGUUUGUCGGCAUCAUGGAGCAGGUUCUUAAGUCCAUUUUUCAGCAGAGAAUCUAUGACCAAGAAUUGCUUGGCAGGGAGAGCAGAUGGGACCUCCCACCUGCUGCUCUCCACCAAUAGAGUGUGCUGAGUGUCAGGUAAUUGCCUGAAAGACUCCCUCAAAAUGAGAUCCAAAUGGCACCAUUUAGGUUGGGGGAAAAAACUUAAUAAAUCAUUUGAAUUAAGCUGAGGCCCAAGUUAGAAAUAUAUCACUCCUUUGCCAUAAGUACGUGUACUAUAAUUGUAUAGAGUUUGGGCAACAAGGCCACAGAACUACAUGCACAAGUCUGUAAUUCAUCUCAAUAACAACUUGAUUGGCAAAAAAUAAUGUUUAAGGAAAGUGUUUUCCAUUAAUAUUUUCCUUUUCAGCAAUAGAGGAAUGCAUAGUUCGUGUUAGUGUUUACUUAUUUUUUUCAAACAAAAUAAUUAUUUCAUUGAAACAAAAAUGUAUUUAAUAGAAAUGUAUGUAUUUUUGCCAUGUCUGGCUUUUUUUGUGUGUGUUUUAAUAUGGAGAGGGUUUAUUGGUGAACCCAGUUGUUCCAAUGCCAUUGAAGCACCUUACUAUGUCCAAUAAGCUAUGUGUCUUAUACUUUAGUCUCUGCAAAAUUAACUUUUUCAUACUUUUCUCUUUUGCACAUUUCCAGUGUGUUUGCCUCUAAUCCACACUUGCAGGUCCAUUGCCCUCCUUUACUCUAUCUGUCCUUUCUUUUUUUAAGGGUUCCACAAGGCCAUGGUAAAGACUAUGUCCGCAGCCCUGAAAAUUCCUCACUUUGGGUAUUGUGAUGAGGUGGACAUGACAAAGCUUGCUGAACUUAGGAAGGAUCUAAAACCUAUUGCUGAGGCUCGUGGUGUUAGUCUGUCCUUCAUGCCCUUUUUCCUGAAGGUAAGCGCACAUGAAUCUCUUGCAUUCACAAAGACUAUAAAAAGCAUUAUAUCUGUGUUGGUACCUAGAACGCCCUAAAGGUUGUUGCUGUAACCCAGAUUAUCAUUCCACAGGCAGCAAGUAUGGGUCUGCUACAAUACCCGAUACUCAAUUCAUCACUGGAUGAGGCCUGCCAGAACAUAACCUACAAGGUAUGCCAUAAUAAUAUCCCUUAUUGUAAUAAACUGAAAAAUUGUUAGGAAGCAAAAAAAGGAAUUCCAUUAAGUAUGUGUGUUUUUGUUUUUUUUCCUUUAUGAUUUUUUUUCUACUUCACCCCUUCUGUAGGCAUCUCAUAAUAUAGGGAUUGCUAUGGACACACAACAGGGCCUUAUUGUACCGAAUGUUAAAAAUGUACAAGUGCGAAGUAUCUUUGAGAUUGCUGCAGAGCUGAACCGUUUGCAGAUUUUGGGGUCCACUGGACAGCUUGGGGCAGGAGACCUGACUGGUGGAACAUUUACCCUAUCCAACAUUGGAUCGGUGAGCAAGACACACAUAGGAAAUAUAUGUCAACUCAUUAUAGAGAUUAAUUGACAUUUCUCCUCUUUCUUUACAGAUUGGGGGAACAUAUGCAAAACCUGUUAUACUACCUCCAGAAGUGGCAAUUGGAGCCGUUGGAAAAAUACAGGUGAGUUUAUUAUAUUAAGUGUGUGAAUGUAACUAUGAAAUUACCAGUUAUAUCUGUUCUAAAAGCUUAUUAAGCAACCUACAAGUACAUUACUUUAAGGUGGACAGGGAUUCACUGAGUACUUGUUCGAAUUAAUAUUGCAUAUCUUUUUGUGAUGAAAUAUUAUUUAUAGCACAAAUAACACGAAUUGUUCUCAGAAUAAAUAAAAUUUCCAUACAAUUACUUUUGAGAGGUAUGGGGGGAGUUCAGGACCAAGAGAUUAUUCUUCUUAACAUGUUUUUCAAUAUUCUAUACUAUAUGUAUUAGUUUUACCCUUCUUGUAAUUCAAGCUUGUCUCCCUGAAACUAUUUACAGUCCAUGCACCCUAGAUCCUCUUAAUUUCAGAUAUUCAAUUUACAGAUAUUAAAUGUAAGCUUCAGUUCAUAUUAUUCCUUGUGGUAUGUUAUAUCUUUGGCAGAUUGCAUUCUCCAGCUGUUGUUUGACUUCUAUAAUAAUAGCAAACAUAAAACCAGAGGGCAAAGGUUGGAUCUCCCUGGUUAGGGUGAGGGGAAUAAUAAUUCUCACUUGAAACGGGAGAUUUAUUAAGAGGACUAUUUCUGUCCCUAAUCGUGAUCCCCCUAGUUCUAUUUCACUUUUGUAUAUAUAUGUGUGUGUGUGUGUGUGUGUGUAUAAUAUAAUGUCCAUCCAUAUAUCAGGACAGAGUCUCUAAUGAUCAAAAGCAUAGUAAAGUAGUCUUAAUUCUAGCUUAUCAGAGUAGCAGUAGCCCCUGUGCAUGCAUCCAUUUUUUUUGACAAUGAACGUUAAGGAAUACCAUGUUGGCUUUUGAACCACAAUGCAUCAAACACAGUGUCAAACUUUGUCAUAUAGUUUUAAAUCUCUAAUGCUCCAUAGAUGAUAAAAACAAAACAAAAGGACUCCACCGAGCAGUAACAUACUCCUACAGUGGCAUCCACCCCUCCCCUACUGCAAAGUUUGGCCAGGCAGCCAGCACUAUUAAGAGUCCUUGUUCUUCCCAACUUUUCUAUUAAAGAAUUAUGCAGGCCACUUUACUCUUGGGGACAAAAUGCUUUGUAGUCUUGGAAUUUGUGUGUUGACACAAUCCUGUCUCUGAGCUCUGCAGGCAGUUCUUUUCGCUUUGAUUUACUUGCAUAUGCAUAUGCAUUGUGAGACCUUAUAUAGACGAUGUGUGCCUUUCCAAAUUGUGUCCAGUGUAGAAACAUCUCAAAGAUGAUCAAGAGAAAUGUGAUGCAUCUGAGCUUCAUUUCAUCUGUCAUAGCAAAGGGUCUGAAUAUUUAUGUAUGUCAUAUUUACAUAUUUAGUUUUAUUUUUUUGUUCUUGCUUUAUCAUUAUGGAGUAUAAAUGUGAAAAAAAAAUAUAAACAGUUGUAGCAUAAGGCUACAACAUACAAAAUGUGAAAAAAGAAGGGAUAUAAAUACUUUCUGAAUUUUAUAUAAUAUGUAAAAUGUAUUUUUAAAUUUUUUUUUUUUUUUUCAAUAAAUCAGCAAUGGGGUUUGUAAUUUGAAAACACGAUACAGCACUUAAUGCUCUUUGGAUUCUCUUAAUCAAUAGGUUCUUCCAAGGUUUGAUGCCAAGGGCCAGGUGGUGAAGGCUCAGAUCAUUAACGUUAGCUGGUCAGCGGAUCAUAGAAUUAUUGAUGGUGCAACUAUGUCUCGAUUCUCCAAUCUGUGGAAAUCCUACCUAGAGAACCCAUCUUCCAUGCUUAUGGAUCUAAAAUGAGAAUGGCAUUGACUCAUGGCUACUGCAGAGAUGGAAAUGGCACAAUCUUCCAGUUUUUGGACACCGACUUGGAGAAUGCUUCAGCCAUGGAGAAUACUUCAGCCUGCAGUCCCAGACAAACUAAUAGGGAGCAGGGUUUCUACAUCAAGGAAGGCUAAUACAAAAUAAGAUAUCCUGAAAUUCUAAUCCUUUCUCUACCAGAGCAGCCGUGAUUUAAAUACAGUAGGAUUGCUAGGUAAUACAUGCAUAUGGUGGUGAAGGGCUUAAUGUGAUCAGCAGUUUCUCAAGUGUAGUGAAACUGUGAAAACCAUGUACAUGCAAGAUUUUGAAGAAUGAAAAGAGCAGAACUAGCUGGUAGGAUCCUGUGUUUGAUCUCUUGUUAUCCUGCAAAGCAAUACUAUGCCAUACUGCAGCUGUAUUGAAAAUCAUGUUUAAAUCAGUGUGGAUCUAAUUAUUGUGAUGAUCUAGCACAAUUAACAGUAAACACAAGAGGCCUGAUGCAACUGGCAGGGAAAAGAUAAGAUUAUAAUGAUGUGGUUUUUUCCCCCCUGGUUAUAUUGGGGCAUAUUAUCAAGUGGACUUGGGAGCAAUAGCGACCUUGAGCUCAUGGGUCAAUAUAUGCGGAUGACAUCUUUCACAAAAGACUCUUUCUGGCUGUUACACUACAUAAAGACCGAUACUUACUAUGAUUUGUGCAGAUUACAUGUAUGUUUUAGAAAAUGAAAGAAAUGUUUUAAAUUGUUGUCCUGGGCAAAAGACAUUUACACUCCACCAACCCAACCAAUACUGUUGAAAUUUGACUUUGCAUAUUAAUAAAAACUGCGAUUAUUGGCAUAUGUGGACAUUUUUCCUAAGCCCUCCAAAUGUGAGUAAUAAACUGCAGAUAUGUAUGUAUUUCAUAUAAUUUGAAUUUGUUUAUUCAUUCAAUUGGGUUUUAAUAUAAAAAAAUCAGCCAUGUAUAACUUUUGUUGUACAUUUACUAAGCAG